UCCUCCCCUCACACACUUCCCAUCUCUCCGCGCGCGCCCCCGCCUUCCCGGUGAGCCAGUUUGGCGGGAAGUUGGCUUAGUUGGCCUACCUGUGGCUCAGCGGGUUCUCUGGUCCCCGCCUUGUUUUUCCCCAGAAGCUUUUCAAUCUUUCCUCGGUCAUCUCGGCAUAAGGCAUAGUACCCCUUCGCACGGAGGACGCCAUGGCUCCCAGGAAACGCCCAGAAACCCAGAAGACCCCUGAGGUGGUUGUGCGCCCCAAGAGCAAGAGGAACAGAAGCCCCUGGGAGCUGGAGCCCGAGGCCAAGAAGCUCUGUUUGAAGGGCCCCGGUCCUAGCAGAAGAUUUGACUCAGGCUGCCUUUGGGCGGGGUUGGCUAGCCUGCGGGUCCCGCCACCAUGCAGCAUCGUCAGGGCCCUCCACCAGCAUAAGCUGGGCACAGCUGCCUGGCCAUCACUACAGCAGGGUCUCCAGCAGUCCUUUUUGAACUCUCUGGCUUCUUACCGGAUAUUCCAAAAGGCUGCCCCUUUUGACAGGAGGGCCACAUCCCUGGCGUGGCACCCAACUCACCCCAGCACCCUGGCUGUGGGUUCCAAAGGGGGAGAUAUCUUGCUCUGGAACUUUGGCAUGAAGGACAAACCCACCUUCAUUAAAGGGAUUGGAGCUGGAGGGAGCAUCACUGGGCUGAAGUUUAACCCUCUCAAUACCAACCAGUUUUUCACCUCCUCAAUGGAGGGAACAACUAGGCUGCAAGACUUUAAAGGCAACACCCUCCGAGUUUUUGCCAGCUCAGGCACCUGCAACUUCUGGUUUUGCAGCCUGGAUGUGUCUGUCAAAAGCCGAGUGGUGGUCACAGGAGAUAACGUGGGGAACGUGAUCCUGCUGAACAUGGACGGCAGGGAGCUUUGGAAUCUGAGAAUGCACAAAAAGAAAGUGACCCACGUGGCCCUGAACCCGUGCUGUGAUUGGUUCCUGGCCACAGCCUCCGUAGAUCAAACAGUGAAAAUCUGGGACCUGCGCCAGGUUAGAGGGAAAUCCAGCUUCCUCUACUCGCUGCUGCACAGGCAUCCCGUCAACGCAGCUCAUUUCAGUCCCGACGGUGCCCAGCUCCUGACCACUGACCAGAAGAGUGAGAUCCGGGUUUACUCUGCCUCCCAGUGGGACUGCCCCCCAAGCCUGAUCCCACACCCUCAUCGCCACUUCCAGCACCUGACACCCAUCAAGGCAACCUGGCAUCCUCGGUACAACCUCAUUGUCGUGGGCCGAUACCCAGAUCCUAAUUUCAAAAGUUGCACCUCCCAUGAAUUAAGGACGAUUGAUAUGUUUGAUGGAAGCUCAGGAAAGAUGAUGUAUCAGCUGUAUGACCCAGAAUCUUCUGGUAUCAUGUCGCUCAAUGAGUUCAAUCCCAUGGGGGACACACUGGCCUCUGUGAUGGGUUAUCACAUUCUCAUUUGGAGCCAGGAGGAAGCUGGGAAGCGGAAAUGAGAGACAUUAAUGAAGGUGGGGGCCAAGCAAGGGCUUGGAGCCCCAUGAGAACAAGUUCUGCGAGAAGAGGCGGCUUUGUGUUAACGGGCCAGAGGUAUCCGAGUCCUUAGGGUUGGAGCAGGGGCACUGGGACUGGGACACUGGCAUGUACUGUUCCGGACGUAGCUCCAGAAACUCCAGAGUUGGCGACCCAGCUGCCCCAAGGGUCCUUGCUAUAUCUAGCCUGGAGCCAAGCUUUUCUUUUCUCCUCUCUGACAUGCAGUGGCAGAGGAUCAAGUAGUGGUUUUCGAUGUGUUCACUAUUCACAUGGCCAAUAAAACCAUACCC